AUGAAUAACGUGAAUAUGGGGGGUAUGCCUAUGCCCGGCGCUCCCGUCGGCGCACCGAACCCUAUGAUGAACAAUAGCCUAGCCGCGCAACAAGUCCAACAAAGCCAAGGAAAUAGUCGGACCAUCCUUAACACAUACAUCUACGAUUACUUUCUCCGGGAAAACAUGCACGAUUGCGCGCGCGCGAUGUUGAAGAGCGAACAAACCCUCAACGUCAUUAAGGACAGCCCGGGUCGCCGUCGUGACGAAAAUGGCAAUGUCCUAGGUAAUGGCGUCGGCGACGAUCCUAUGGAUACCGAUAGCAAAGAUGACAUAGACUCGAAACGCCCUCCCGAUUUACCGCUACCUAAUGUCCCGACUGGCGCCGACAACUGCUUUCUAUACGAGUGGUUUUGCUUGUUCUGGGAUAUGUUGAUGGCUCAGCGUAGCAAGCCGGGUAUCAGCCCCCAGGUGAGCCAAUAUGUCAGCCAUACACAGCAACAAAAUCGACAAAGGCAAACCGAGCAACAAGCGAUACUACGAGGAAUGCGAAGCGACCUAUAUGCUGGAGGAGGACGUAUGGGGCUGAUGCCCAAUGGGAUGCCAGUCAACGCGAAGCAACCAACUCUAGCAAGGACCGCCAUGGCGAAUAAUCAGAAUCCUCAAGCCAUGCAACUAUUGCAACAACAUGCAAAGCAAAAUCAGAUGCAGCGAGACGGUUCGAACAUGGAUGGGAACCAAAAUCGUCCGGGUUCUCCAGGUACAGCUGAAAACGCGCCGUCGCCGAGCAAGCGACCGCGCCUGGACGGAUCGGGACCCUUUAAUCCCCAGCAGGGAGGCAUGAUGCCGAAUGGACAACGCCCGCAGCAAGGAAUGCCGGGACAACAAGUAGGCAACGGACCCGCUAUUGCUCGGCAUAUGCUUCAAACAAACGGCAUCGACCCAGCUAAUCUGACCCCUCAGCAGUUCCAAAACUUCCAAACACAACCCCCGCAAACACAAGCCAAAUCGAUCCAAACUUACGCGCAAAAUCUUCAACAACACCAUGGCCAGCAGAUGCCCAACAAACAAAUGCCAAACCCGGCCGGCCCACAGGGUCAGGGCUCGCCCAUGAUGCCAGCAGACGGUGCUGCGAUCGGCGCAUUUUACAACGCGCCGGAGAUGGGUGCUGCAGGACCGAUGAGGGCUGGUCCUGGCGGUGCUCAAGCAGGAGGUAGUAACCAUGCCCUCCAAGACUAUCAGAUGCAAUUGAUGCUACUCGAGCAACAGAAUAAGAAACGGCUCAUGAUGGCAAGGCAAGAGCAGGAUAGUAUGGGUGGUAUGCCCCGCGGAGACGGAAGUGGUCCUGGAGGUCCCGGAGGACCUGGGGGACCCGGCCCGAACGGACAGCCCUUCCAAGACACGUCCCCUCAAGGGGCGCGAACGGGAGCUUCUCCCAACCCUACUGAGCAGAUGAAACGGGGGACUCCCCAAAUGCCCGCCGCUGCUAUUCCGUCGCCGUUGCCUGAAGGAGCACAAUCCAGAGGCUCACCGAAUACGAUGAGUUUCAUUCAGAACGGCAUGGACCCCGCCAUGCAGCCUCAUUUCUUCAAGGGCAUGAACGGGAUGGACUCAAAUAUGGUCCCGCAGAUGAACGGAGGCAUGCGACCCCCCAGCUCUCACCCGAACCAACCCUUUAACGGUCAGAUGAAUCCUCAAAUGAUGAGGCAACAACAAGGUGCACAAGGCGGGCCCCAAAUGUGGCAGGGACCAAAUGGGAACGCGAUGGCGCCUCAAGCGCCCCAAGGACCUCAGGCUCAAGUUCAGGGAACACCGCAGCAAAGAUCAAUGCCGCCUCCUUCAGCCCCGGCUCCGGCCAACAACGCCGCCGCAGGUCGCCCGCAAACUUCAUCGCCGCAACAGAACAGCGCGGCUCCACCAACACCGCAACAGGGUAACAAGCCAGCGCCAAAGAAGAAGGACACCAAGAAUGCAAAGACCAAGGCUGCGGCUCAGAAGAAAGCAAACCAGAAUACAGGCGCAACUCCUGCCUCCGAGGCCGCCCAAGAACCCGAGCCUCCUACGCCCGUUACUCCUGUCAAUCCGGCGGCCAACUUCAACAAGAAUGGGCAGAAUGUUGGUGGUCCACAACCAGCAGCUAAUGCUCCAGUGUCAGCUCCGCCACCAGCCCCUGCGCCAGUAGCAGCACCGCAAGCGCAUCCGGACGCGUCGCAAAUCAACUCAUUCAGUAUGGACAGCAACGGUGGAAUGGACUUUACUUCCAUGAAUUUCGCGGAUCCUAUGCAGACGGGAGACGUGCUUCAGGACUUCGAUUUUGAUUCCUUCCUCCAUGAUAACGAUGCGGAUCCUGGAACGUUUGACUUUGGUACGGCGGGGUUUGGAAUGGAGGGAGCUGGGGAAAUCGGGGCGGAGUAG